AUGCCAAACCUUGCAUGGACAUUCAGGAGAUGUGUCCUUAACUCUGAUGACCCAUUUAACAGGCCGGUAUGGUGGCAUCCAUCCUGCUGUGACGAGCAGACGGUAAAACGGAGUAGCAUCACACCUACGUUCAUUGUCAGAACCGUUGGUCCGGAUCAGUGGGAAUUGGACGUGAACGUGAGCUGGGCAAGACCGGACCGAUUGAUGAAUUUCGAUGCCUAUGCAGUCCAGUUAGAUUACACGAAAACCGCAUAUGUUGCUUAUUCAUGUGUCGAAUACCAGAAUUCAGACUUCAGCUUUACAGAGUUGGAGUGGAUUUUGUUUGGUAAUGUACCGUUUGGAUCAACUCCCUACUUCAUUAUUUACACUGCAAACAGAACUGCUGAGCUAAUCAAUCGAGGAUCGACUGAUCGUGAACUCCAUCUUGCUGAUUGCUACGAGAGUACUGAGAAUGUAUCCUUCUGCCGAACGCAAGAUGUUGAAGUUGCUGGACGUCCAAUUGGAUUGAAAGUGGAUUCACUAAUCGGGACAUGGCGACUAGGCGGUGUCACGCUUACAGCCAGCGUCACUGUGUCUUGGAACCCACCGGCACAGAUCAAUGGUGAAAUGACUGGAUUCGAAGUUGUGUGGUCUGUGAACGGUUCACGACUCGUACCAUCAACUACAAUUGAUGUCCCAAUGAAUUUGAGUGAAUACAGCGACCCGUUGAGUUUAUCCUUCAAUCAUUCCUUCAUUGUGGAUGAUGUGGAAAAUGAAAGUAACUUGAAAAUAGAGGUAGCGGCAAAGGUGAACCAGAGUGAUGAAGUAUUGGUUGGGAAUGCCGCUGUGCUCAGCAUCACUGUCGGUCCUGACAAUUUCACUGUACCUACAGCGGGACCACCAACAAAUAUCGUGCUUUAUGUCGUAGUCGGAGCUGCAGCAUUGUCUUCGUGUAUCGUCGUUCUAGCUAUCACUUGCUGCAUUUGCCGCCGUAAACGAAGACCCAGACAAGAUGAUAAGCCCAUUAUUCAAUUCAAACGACGUCACAUGGAGUCCAACUACGUUGUAGAACCGCGUGUUCAAAGUAAAGUGGACGAAUGUUUUGCCGAGGCAGAGUGUGACCGUAACGUACUAACUGAGAUCAGUACAAUCGCUUUGAUUGGCAAGGGCAGUUUUGGUGUCGUCUACAAAGGGUUCGCUUACGGCACUGUCAAUGGAAAACCAGAUUACUACCCCGUUGCCAUCAAGGGACUAAAAGAGAAUGCAGCUGCAGACAUGAAGCAGAGUUUUCUGGAGGAGAUUCGUUUGAUGAUUGAUAUUGGUAGACAUCCUAAUAUCCUAUCCGUUCUAGGAUGUUGUACCAUUGAUGAACCCUACCUUCUUAUCACAGAAUUCAUGAAGUACGGGGAUCUUUUGCAUUUCCUUUGGAAGACCAGAGAGAUUAAGAUGGCGGAGGUUGAUCCCAUGUAUUGCCUGACCGAACUGAACCAGUUACAGAUAGCGCGCCAAGUCACCUGUGGCAUGGAAUACCUAUCACAGACGCGCUAUUAUCAUGGUGACUUGGCCGCCAGGAAUGUCCUAGUCGGAGAUAAUUUGAUCGUCAAGGUGUCAGACUUCGGUUUGUCUGAUGACACGUAUGAGAUGGGUUAUAAGCGAAUGGACGAAAGCAAAAAGCGUGCAGUGAAAUGGGUUAGUCUGGAGACUAAUACAACCAAUAGAUGCUCCAUCAAAAGCGAUGUAUGGUCUUUUGGCGUCGUACUGUAUGAAAUCUUCACACGUGGUGACGCACCUUAUCAAGGCCUUAGCAACCAAGAAGUGGUUGAGAAACUCAAGUCAGGAUAUCGUAUGGGCCAGCCUGACGAUUGCCCAUCAGAUGUGUAUGCCAUGAUGCGUGAAUGUUGGCAUGAGAACCCAUCCAAACGCCCAUCGUUCACACAUCUCUACAAGUCACUGGAUAAGAUGAUGUUACGUCACUCGGAUUACUUGAGUUUUGAGGAAUCUGCGUCUAGCCUCAACGAACCACAAGACAAAGUAAUAAACACGGAUAGAACCCAGAAACAUGCAAAGGACACACAACAUGGAAACUUCGAAUCCUCCGAAUUUUCAGGGAAAUCAGAUGAGUUGGAGUUGUGGCUACAUUUGAAGGGCCCGCUCCCAGAUGGCGAUAGAACUAUCGAAUUCGUACCCCAGGCGGGGGAGGAUUCAAUCCAAAGUGACACGCCCACAAAGGGGAAGGCUGACGUUAAAUUCAGAAGCUUUAAACGUGAUAGGGAUUGCGAUGUGUUAACUGCGUGAUGGCGGCACUGACUACAUGGAGAAAAAUCUACAAAUAGUGAUAUUAAGAAACUUAUAGUUUGAGUCAUAUUGUUAGAUAUAUAAUAUUACGUACAUACAUUUUUUAUUAUUCAAAAGUAGAUGGUGGGACGUUGGCGUUUCAUCCGUAAAGAAAAUAUGCAUUAGCUAAUCAAGAAGCAAUCAUAGUUUCAUGAAUACUAAAUACCUGAUAUAAUAUAAAUUAUUUAUUUUGAAAUGCGUAACCCACAUUAAAGGGAUAUUACGGCCUGGAAUUCGCCAAAUUGGGCUACAAAACGCGUUUGAAACGAAAUUAUAUUGUGUUAUUCCUGCGAGAACCAUGGGAGAACGGAUUUCGGGGUCACAAUUUUGUCCCAGAAAAAUCGAGCUGUGAGUGCUAGUUGUGAAUCCUGCCGCACAGUGGUUUG